UUAAUGCCGAGCUGUGAUCCCAACUUGCGGCCUGUCCAGUUGCAGCCAUGCGCUCCUUAGUGUUUCUGUGUGCGCAGAAGGUGGUCUCCCACUACGCAACCCUGCAAGAUGCCUUGGGUUUUAUUCCGAAGGAGCUGUAUCCCGUCUUAUUCAAGGCGGCUUUCCUUGACAAGAGAACGCCGUCCCUGCAGCAGCUGGUGCAGACGUGGCCAUUCCCGCUACUCAGUUUCCAGAAGCUCUUGAGGAAGUGUCAGCACUGCGAAUAUCCCCUGAUCCGAGAGAAGCCAAAUAAGUUGUGCAUCCAAGCGGUUAUUCUGGGAGUCGUGACCUAUCUGAUUAAGAUGCUAGAAGAUCGCCAUGGCACAAAGAGCAAGAAGCAGAGGCUGAAGGUUCUAGACAUGACUGGUCUCCAGGAUGAAGGGCAGGGCCCCGAAAGCAUGAGCCUCUGGUCACGAACGGUCACCCUGGCGAAGGCUUGCCUCGACGUCUCCAAGCAGCAGAACAAGCGCAUGAAGCGGGCCUCCAAGCGGCGAAAGGGCCCCUAUAGCAAGUCGGUGGCCCUGCCCGCCCCUCAGCCUGUCUCGGUCGACGUCUGGGUGGACCUUUUUGUCAACAGCACCUCCUAUGGUGUCUUGAAGGAUGCUUUGCAGGUCAACAGCGGCAACGCCCUGCGGCUGAGGUGCCGGGACUUCCGAGCGGAGGAGCUCUCCAUUGCCAGCACCGUGGGGCUGCUGGAGUUCCUGGACCCGGUCGGCGUCCGUCAGGUGGACCUGCGUUUCAACAACCUCGGGCUCUCAGGCUUGAGAGUGGUCCUGCCCCACCUGGCCAAGUUCACCAACCUGGCCAGCCUGAAGCUGCCCUACAGCAACAUUGACGUCCGGCGCCUGACCGUGGGCAUGGAAGGGAGCCUGCAGUACUUUGCCACCCAGCUCAGUCGCCUGCCGUGCCUCAAGGAGCUGAACCUGGGCUCCUCCAGGCUUUCUGGGAAGCUGAGGCAGCUGCUCGGAGAGUUGCAGAACCCCUUGGAGAGCCUGGAGCUGGCCUUUUGCUACCUCCUGCCCAACGACUUCGCCUACCUUUCCCAAAGCCUCCACACGCCGGCCCUCAAGAAACUUGAUCUCAGCGGGAACAACCUGGCGGACAUCCUUCUCCAGCCUUUCCUGAACCUGCUGACGGAGGCCUCCUCGACCCUGCUUCACCUGGACAUUAUGGAGUGCCGCCUGUUGGACCCCCAACUGAACGCCCUCCUCCCUGUCCUGGGUCGCCUUUCCCGGCUCCGCUACCUGGGCGUGUUUGGCAAUCCCAUUUCGACCACCGGGCUGAAGAACUUGCUCCACCGGACCUUGGCCCUCUUGGACUUGCAGCUGGUCAUCUACCCCUACCCGGUGGACUGCUAUGCGGACGACCUGCCUUGGCCCCCCACCUCCUCCAAUCUCCUCAAUGGCUCGGUGGACGAGGAGAAGUUCUCCCGGGUCAGCAACGAACUCCAGCAAAUGCUGCUGAGCGCAAACCGGGCUGACGCCGUCUGGACCACAAACCUCUGUCGCCACAAUAGCCUGGACUAUUUUAGUUUAUAGUCGUGCCAGUGCCAAGAGAUCUGAAAUGCUCCCCUUCCCCUCUUUUGCCCCCUGACUGCACCAGUACUCUCCGCCUCUCCCUGGAAUAUGCAACGGGACAGUGCUGCCGGCCCCUCUGCCCUCACAUUUUCCAGCCGGAAAGGGUGGCUAGGAUAUUCGUGGGGACGGUGAGGAGAGAGGCUGCCUAUACGCUCUCUUCUGGCAUGAAUACACCUGAAGAGAGACAGGGUGCAACCUCAGUAGCCUCUCUCUGCUCUUUCUCCUGGCUGAGUGUCAUCCCUGGUUGCUGACAAUCCUUAGUCUUAAAGGGGUCGAAGGGUACAGGGCCAGCCUGCAUUCCUUCCCAUCCUUGGAAAAAGGGCUGGCCAGGGGAGAAGAGGCAGCAAGGGAUGAGAGGCGAAGCUCGUGCAUUUGCGUCUCUGUUGAAGACUGGUGCCAGCACGGAAGGCCAGAUCCAAAAUCUUUUUUUUUUCUUUCCUUGGUUUUUGAAUGGUGGAAGCCCUCUCUGGUGCAUGCAGCAAUACCUGGGGGUCAGUUUUUUGUUUGGCUUUUUUUUUUUAAAUCCCCACAAACAAACUUCUAUUUUAUAACAUCUUAUUUAGAAUUUAAUCAUGUUGGCAUCAUCUUUUUUUGGUCCUUUUAAUGUAUUGAUGUGAGUUGUCUGAGGUGGAAGCUGCUUGGAUGCUUCGAGAACUAUUGUAUGUAGCCCCUCUGAUGAAUAGGCUGCGUAGCCUCAGAAUCCAAAGGGUGACUGGAUCCUAGGAAGAGCAGGAGAGAGGGGAGUUUUUAAUGGCAAACUGGACUUGAAAUAAAAGAUGAUUCCACUGCGA